AUGUAUUGCAUGGUAAUUUCUGGGGUUCUUCUGUACUGCACGGCCGCCGUUUUGACGUGGAUAGGAUUCCGGCGGAGGAUUCGAGGGCUAGCCAUGGCUUAUAUUAUUUAUUUGGGCAUACAACUUUUGACGUGGUUUGAUAUGGCGAUCACAGGAUUGGAAGAAGAUUUGAAUUCCUUUUUCUGGCUUGGAUUGGCCAUGUUUCUUUUAACUGGUUUCACCUUUUUGAUCUACAUCUUCAGAGCAAAAUACAUUUUUGUAUUUCCGGAGCCGAAAAAGACGCAGAAAAAAGAAAUCUCCUCAUUUAAGGUU